AUUCCAGUCCCAAAACCCAUCUCUCUCUCUCUCUCUCCGAAAAUCCAGUUUCUAAAUUUAGCACCCCCAAAAUCUGACAAACUCACCCCUUUUCUUUCGGAUCACAGAUAAAAGCUCCACAGACAGAGAGAGAGAGGCUUUUGAUUUUGAAUGAGAAAUGUCGCCACCACCAAACUACGAGUUUCAGGAAUGGUGGAGCAAGCAGCAAUCCAGCCACACAUCUCUAUCCACAGACGAUCCUGACCAUAAACCCACCUGGUCCACCCUCGACAUACACUCACCGUCCGAUCAAACGGCCCCCGACAAAUCAUCUCGUGGCCGCAACGCCCGUCAGCUCUCCUGGCUCUUCAUCCUCAAAUUCCACCAGGUCUCCUCCUUCUUCUCCUCUCUCCUCUCCUCCUCCUUCUCCCUUCUCCUCACCGCCAACCGUCGGAUUACCUCAUCCACUCCCGACCGUUGGGCCGAGACCACCCGCCUCUACCGCGUCAUCAAAUCCAUCCUCAUCCUCGCCGUCCUUCUCCUUGUUGUUGAAUUGGCCGCCCACUUCAAGGGCUGGCAUCUCGCCUCCCCGUCGUCGGCCGAGGUCUCCAGCUUCGUCGAGCUCGUCUACGCCAAUUGGGUCUUCGUCCGCGCGAACUACCUCGCCCCGCCGCUGCAGGGUCUGGCCAAUGUCUGCAUUGUGUUGUUUCUCAUACAGUCCGUCGAUCGGAUCGUGUUGAUGCUCGGGUGCUUCUGGAUCAAGUUCAAGAGGAUCAAGCCGGUGCCGUUGGUGGAGUUUGCGGCGGGCCGUGAUGACGUUGAGGUCGGGAUGGACUACCCAAUGGUGCUUUUGCAGAUACCCAUGUGCAAUGAGAGGGAGGUCUACCAGCAAUCAAUUGCAGCAGUAUGCAUCCAGGACUGGCCGAAGGAGAGAAUGCUUAUUCAAGUUCUGGAUGACUCCGAUGAUGUGGAUGUGCAGCUCCUCAUCAAGACAGAAGUGCAUAAGUGGCAACAGAAGGGUGUGCGCAUCUUGUACAGACACAGACUUAUCCGUACGGGCUAUAAGGCAGGGAACCUUAAAUCUGCCAUGGGCUGUGACUAUGUAAAGGACUAUGAGUUUGUUGCAAUCUUCGAUGCAGAUUUUCAGCCCGGGCCUGAUUUCUUGAAGAAGACUAUUCCACAUUUUAAGGGGAAUGAUGAUCUGGCAUUGGUCCAGACAAGGUGGGCUUUCGUAAACAGGGAUGAGAACUUGCUCACGAGGUUGCAGAAUAUCAAUUUAUCCUUUCACUUUGAGGUUGAGCAACAGGUGAAUGGUAUAUUCAUCAAUUUUUUCGGUUUCAAUGGCACCGCUGGUGUGUGGAGGAUCAAAGCUCUCGAAGAAUCUGGGGGGUGGCUAGAAAGAACGACGGUGGAGGACAUGGAUAUUGCUGUCCGUGCUCAUCUCGGUGGAUGGAAAUUCAUAUAUCUAAAUGACGUAAAGUGCCUUUGUGAACUCCCAGAGUCCUAUGAGGCAUACAAGAAACAGCAACACCGAUGGCAUUCGGGUCCAAUGCAGUUGUUCCGCCUGUGCUUUCUUGACAUCAUUCGUUCAAAGGUGGGGUGGGCCAAGAAGGCGAAUUUGAUAUUCCUUUUCUUCCUCUUACGAAAGCUGAUCUUGCCUUUCUAUUCAUUCACUCUCUUUUGCAUCAUCCUCCCAAUGACCAUGUUCAUUCCAGAAGCUCAGUUACCCAUCUGGGUUGUCUGUUAUAUUCCUGGACUCAUGUCCAUCUUGAGUAUCCUUCCUGCACCGAGGUCAUUCCCAUUCAUCGUCCCUUACCUUCUAUUUGAGAACACAAUGUCUGUCACCAAAUUCAACGCCAUGAUAUCCGGGCUCUUCAAAUUCGGAAGCUCCUAUGAAUGGAUAGUUACAAAGAAGUUGGGAAGAUCAUCGGAGGCAGAUUUGAUCGCCUUUGCAGAGAAAGAAGCUGAAACCCAGGAAGAAAGUGUGGCCCUCCUUCACCGUGCCUCAUCUGUUGGUGAGAAAGAAGUUGAAACCCAGGUAGGAAGCAAGACCUUCCUUCAUCGUGCGUCUUCGGAAUCGGUCCUUGAAGAGCUGAACAAAUUGGAGAUGGCUAGGAAAAAUGGGAAAAGGAAGAGAAACCGGGUGUACAGGCAGGAACUAGUGCUUUCGUUCCUUCUAUUAACCGCCUCUGCCAGAAGCUUAUUGUCUGCUCAAGGUAUCCACUUCUAUUUUCUUUUGUUCCAAGGAAUCACGUUCCUGGUCGUUGGUCUUGAUCUGAUCGGAGAGCAGGUGAGCUGACCUUACCGUCACCAUUGCGACAACAAGUAGAUGGCUGGUUUUUCAAAUGGGGCUCAAUCGCAAGAUGGACCUAUUAUGGUGGGACGUUCAAGGUUACUGAUGCAUGGGUUGCAAGGUCACAUUGGCCAUGAUUGCAUCGCAUCCCGGCUGUUCAAUAACCAGGCUGUUGCUACAUUCGUACACUGUCGAAGCUUCCAAGUCAAUGGUUGGGCAUUUCCAGCAGUCUGUGUUCGUGCCCAUGUUUGUGUAUAUGCAUUAUUUUAUUGACAGCUGCAGAAAAUAAUGUGGGUUUUUUUCUGUGGUUGAAUUCUCUGCUUGAAAAAGCAUCUCCAGCAUAGGGAUGGGAUUUUGUCUGGAAUCUCGUGGGAGAUGAGAUGAUUAUCCUUGGUCGCUGUUUGGUUGAACAAUGUACACGGGCCCACCUGUAUGUUGGUGGGCCAUCAUUGAAUUUACAUUUGUUGAUUUUGGCUAGGAAAUGAUGAUUUUGUAUUGGAUAUGAAGAUUGAUUUUGUGGGUCAGUAUGUUUUUAUAAUCUUGGAAUGGAUGUUGUUUUACUUGCAA